AUGCGCUUCAAGGUCAUCUGCAAAGAUCUCAAUGUCCCAGAUCAUCACAUCAGGAUUAUUGCCACCGAGGCAACACGCACGGCAGUUAAUUCCGUGGAGUACCGCAAAGCUGUGCAAAAAGCCACAGGACUAGAGGUCGAGAUGUUAGGCAAGGAGGAGGAAGGCUAUGUCGGCGCCCUUGGGGUAGCAAGUGGCUUUUCCACAGUCAGUGGCAUCGUCAUGGAUUUGGGCGGUGGUUCCGCACAAAUCACGUGGAUGCGGUCAAUCGAUGGCAAGGUAGAAGUCAGUCCCAAGGGAUCUGUGAGCUUCCCGUAUGGAGCUGCAGCUCUGACCAAGAAACUGGACGACUUGAGGAAAGGCAAAAGUGAGGAGGAGGGAGAUGCUGCGGUGGCUAGAUUGCGAGAGGAGAUGGAGGCGAAUUUCAGAAAGGCAUACGACGAACUUGAAAUACCUGAGGAUAUGGCCGAGCGAGCCAAAUCUCAAGGAGGAUUCCCCCUUUACCUCUCUGGAGGCGGUUUCAGAGGCUGGGGGUACCUGCUUCUCUAUAUGAACCAAGUCCACGGACGCCAUUAUCCUAUAUCGAUCAUCAACGGCUACAGAGCAAGCAAGGAGAAAUUCGAAGAUGUCGAAACACUGAAGAAAGUCGCCCGGGAAGCUGAGAAGAUUUUCCGGGUUUCUGAUCGCCGCCGUGGUCAGGUUCCAGCAGUAGCGUUCUUGGUCAACGUCCUCACAGAAGCUCUCCCACACGGCAUCAAGGAGGCCCAUUUCUGCCAAGGAGGUGUGAGAGAAGGUGUGCUCUUCAGAGAACUCUCUCAAAACAUUCGAGACGAUGAUCCUCUGGAGGUUGCGACCGAGAAUUCUGGUCGUAAGUCCGCAGAUGCUCUGAGUACUCUUAUUAUGAAUGCCAUUCCGGAAGCGUCUAAGGAAGAGGGUGGCCGAGCAUUCCCGGAAUCGAUCAGCAAGCAUGUCAUUCAUGCAUUUGCCAACGUCCUAUAUGUGCACGCUCAUAUGUCCAAAGAAAUUGCUUCAACAGCGGCUUUGUACUGUACCAGUGCAGGAUUUAUGGCCUCUACCCAUGGCGUAUCACAUUCAGACCGCGCUCUUCUUGCGUUGAUGUUGGAGGAACGAUACGAAGGCGAAUUGCCACCACGCGAAGCUGACUUCAAGCUAAGUCUUCAGUCGAUCUUGACUCCAGAAGAGGUGUGGUGGACCAGAUACAUGGGUUCCAUCGGAUUGUUGAUCAGCAAAAUUUAUCCUGGUGGGAAUUUUGAUGAGGAUGAGCCUCGCAUCAAGGUUAACUCGGAAUGGGCCAGCGGGUUUGGAAAGGACGAUGAUAAGGAGGGUUUGAGAUUGAUCAUAUCCAUCAAGAAAGUCAAGGAUGAUGCCCUGAUGUUGAGAGAGGCUUUGGAUGAUCACGUGUCGGAUAUUGAUAAAGUUGGAAAGCACAAGAAUUGGAUUGGGGGAAGAGAGGGUUGGGGUAUGUCGAUUGAUAUCAAGAUCAAGGAAGUGGCGAAGCUUGAUUGA